UCUGUGAAUAAAUUUAUACAUUCAUCAAUAUAUGAUAUAAAAAGUUAUGGAACUGUGGUAGAUUUGGAAGAGAAGAAAAGGAAAAUGUCAUCGUCCUCGUCCAACUCGCCAUGCGCUGCGUGCAAGUUUCUACGACGAAAAUGUACGCAAGAAUGUGUGUUUGCGCCAUAUUUCCCACCGGAUCAGCCUCAGAAAUUUGCCUACGUCCACAAAGUAUUUGGGGCAAGCAAUGUCGCCAAGAUCCUCAACGAACUCAAUACCGCCCACCGAGAAGAUGCCGUCAAUUCUCUUUUUUACGAGGCCGAGGCAAGGCUCCGAGACCCUGUCUACGGUUGUGUCGGUCUCAUCUCUAUUCUCCAACACAGGCUUAAACAAAUUCAGAACAAUCUAUUGAUUGCCAAGAAAGACUUGUCUAAUUACAUUGGUCUACCGGCCAUGCUUCCUACUAUCCAAGCUCCUCCGGGAGCAGCAUUUCGGCCGCAAUCCCAUCUGGGUGUCGGAUCGUCGCCUUUGAUGAAUCAUAACAUGAUGAUGCCGAUGAUGGAUCAGACUAGUCAUGGUGGUGGGCAGACGCAGCAGCAAAUAUUUGAAUUGCAAGGGGUGAAUGAUCAACAUCAUCAUCAGCAUCAGGAGAUGUUUAGGAGUUAUGAUCAGCAGGCCGAGCUUGUGAGUUUUAGCAACAGUGGGUUUGAGACGUCGACUGGGUCGGUGGCCACAACUGGUUUCGGCCAAAAAAAUAACAGUAGUAUUAACAAUAAUAGCAAUAUUAAUCCCUUGUUAGGGUCGUUGGCUCUAGGUACUAGUGGGUUCGAAACUUCUUAUCGCAUUCAAACGCAUCGAGCAGAUUAAAUUAAGCUCUGCUCGAGACAACAGGAGCAAUUCCAAUCUUGUUGAAGCUUAGUUUUCUAUGUAUUCUGGAAUGUUGUUGAUGUGAGAAUGUGGGAUUUUUGUGCUUUAACUUUAUUAGAAAUUAGGAGGAGAAAAGAAAAAAGAGAUGAGAAUUGGGUUUUUAAGUUGCUGAU